ACAGAAUUCAGCAGCCACAGAAUCAUCACUCCUAAAUUAACUCAUUUCAGAACCAAGCGACAUAUCGACAGCACAAGAGAGACGGAAGGGCAUGUGCACGACAUCACCCUGGGGUUGAAUUUAGGGGAGGAAGAUAUUUUGGUAGACUUGCAGUUAAAUAGGAAUUUAUUACCCAGAGACUACUUUGAAAAGUACUAUCAUAAUGGUAGCCAGUAUAUCCAGCGUCCCGUGGGAGAGGCGGCAGGGCUGUGCCACUACCAGGGUGUGAUUCGUGGACGUCCGGGAUCAUGGGCUGCACUCUCCACGUGUAAUGGUGUCAGUGGUGUAGUAUUUGAUGGGGAGGAGCUGCAUUAUGUAGAGCGGAUACCAGAGACACCAGCAUCCAUCCAGAGCCCACAUUAUCAUUUCCAGCAUUCAGAUAUCAUUCCGCGGAACUUUUCUUGCGGUUACUCAGGGAAACCUCACCCAGUUCGUGAUCUGUUUCAUGACGAGAACUUCUCCAGAUUGCUCAGAUAUAAACGCAGCAGUACUGUUAGUAAUAUCAACAAUAUCCGUGGCCCAUACAAUGCAAAUGCUUUAUCAAGAUAUGUGGAAUUGGUUCUUGUUGCUGACAAAUCUGUUUUUGAAAAACAUGGCCAUGAAGUAUCAAAAAUAUACAACCGUUGUAAAGAUAUUGCAAACAUAGUGAAUGCGCUGUAUCAACCGCUCAACAUUUUCAUUGCACUGGUGGGAGUAGAAGUGUGGAAGGAUGAGGAUCAGGUCGAAAUCUCAACAGAUGGAGACAAAACUCUCACAAAUUUUCUAAACUAUAGAAAAGUGCGACUCAUCCAGGAACACCCUAAUGACAAUGCUCAACUACUAACGGGGAAGCAGUUUGAUGCAGGAGUGGUGGGCAAAGCUCUAAAAGGACCUAUCUGCACAUACCAAUAUUCAGGAGGUGUGAACAUGGACCACAGUGAUACUGUAGGACUUGUGGCAACAACAGUCGCUCAUGAAAUGGGACACAAUUUUGGCAUGGAGCAUGAUACUGAGGAGGAGUGCGAGUGCCCAGACAAGCGGUGCAUCAUGGCCCCAUCCUCAGGGUCAAAGAGCCCAACCCACUGGAGUAGUUGCAGUUAUGAAUAUUUGGCACUAUCUUUUGAACGGUCAAUGGACUACUGCUUGCGAAACAAGCCAACGAGACUGUUUGAUUCUCCAGUGUGUGGAAAUGGUUUUGUGGAACCUGGGGAACAGUGUGACUGUGGUCUGCCAGAUUACUGCAACAAUCCAUGCUGCAAUGCAGCAACUUGCAUGCUUUACUCAAAUGCUACAUGUGCUACAGGACAUUGUUGUGACUUAGAGACUUGUAGACCAAAACUUGCUGGGGUUAAAUGUAGAACUGCUGUUCAUGAGUGUGAUCUCCCGGAAUAUUGUACUGGCGACUCAGAAUAUUGCCCUGAUGAUUCCUUCAAGUUAGAUGGUCAUGAAUGCAUGGCAGGACAAGCCUUUUGCCACAAUGGGAUGUGUCGUACACAUGGAGAGCAGUGCAAGUUGUUGUGGGGUCCAACAGGCCAGAGUUCAGAUGACCGCUGUUACAUGAUGAACACACAAGGCAGUCAGAAUGGGAACUGUGGGUACAACUGGGUGAACGACACAUAUUACAAGUGUAGUGAUAGGGAUAUCAAAUGUGGAAUGCUUCACUGUAUGCACCUUAAUGAGCGGCUUGAAUUUGGCAUGGAGAGUGUGAGCAAAGUCUCGCAUAGUUUCCUCAAGAGUAGUAGUGGUGUUAUUCCCUGUCGUGUAGCCUUAGUUGACAUGGGGUUGGAUAUGGUUGAUCCAGGCCUUGCACCUGAUGGGGCCAAGUGUGGAAGAGGCAAGAUGUGUGUGAACCAGCGAUGUAUGCCAGUGGCAAAUCUGAAGAUUGGAGAGUGUAACUGCAAUGGCCAUGGCGUGUGUAAUAACAAUGGUCACUGUCACUGUGAUGUAGGAUAUGCGCCACCUGAUUGCCUGUAUCCAGGUCUAGGAGGAUCAGAGGAUAGUGGCCCAGCUUCAAAUCCUCAUGCAACAAACAACUUCGUCAUUGGGAUGUUUGUAUUCUUCCUUGGCAUUGUCCCUGGGGGUCUUGUGGUGCUUUGUCUGGUGUACUAUACCCGAGGCAACCUCAAGCUUUGGUGGGAGACCAAAGGGCGUCCUGCAACGUCAAAAUGCUCAAACACUCUCCCAAGAAAAGCUGCCAAGAUUAAACGAGAGAGUCUUAUGCAGUUAGAAAUCUCUGCACCCAUGCAACUACAUGCCACAGAACUUCCUGCCAAUCUUGUCCCAGUCAGGUCUGCACCUGAGCCUCCAAUGCCUAGCAAUCUGAAGCCAAGCCAAGUGAAAGCAAAUCAAGAAGAAACUGGUAAGCCAAACAAGGUGUCAUGGGCCCCAUCCGUCCCAGAUGACAAGGUUAAAACUCCAAGCUCUGGUGACACCCGUUCCAGCAUGAGAGUCACAUGGACACCAUCAGCCUUAGACAGUACAGGGAAAGACUCCACAAUGGAACUCCAAAGAAUAGGUAGCAUGCGUGAAGCUCCAGUUACAAUACGUCCAGCCAUUCCCAAGUUCGGUUCCAUGAGAGCACCACGGCCAAAGAGCUUACCACCAACUAGACCCUCAGAGCCUCCUCCCAGGCCUCCACUUCCUAUGAUUCCUGGAACACCAGAGUCUGAAUGCUUCUAUGAUGACUGUCUUAAUAUACAAGAAGGGACUGCUCCCAUAGCAGAUAUAGAUGAUGAUAACUCACCAGAGAGCAUAUAUGCAACUAUUGAUGAAAAGACACCUGACAAGGAAGUACCACUGCAGGAGGUUACAUAUGCACCACCUGAUGCUGUUGAAGGGAAAAAGGAAAAGAAGUCAAUAUUCUCAUUCCUUUACAACAAACCUAAGAAGAAAUCUAAUAAAGAGAAAAGCACUCCAGAGGAAGUGGAACCUGUCUCAGAGCCUAUUUACACAAAUCUCAUAGAAUCUCCUCCAGAACCAGAGAAGAAUCUUAAAGGUACACAGGCCACCAGUACCUCAGGAGAGGGAAGCAGUAAAUCUGCCUCAGUCAGCCCUCCAUCCCCUGCUGUUGGAGACAGUAAUAGAACAAGUUGUGGGAGUUCAGAAGAUGGAGGACUGCUCUCAGAAAUUGUGUCAGAACUCUCAAAUAGGGAUGACAGAUUUGUAAGUGGUUUAGGAAAGAAUGAUAAGAAAACCAAAACAGGAGAUACUAAAAAGACACCUACGUCUACAGGUCAGGAAAAUAAAAAGAUUGGUUUUGGAAAGUCUGUCACAAGUUCAGAUGAAACCCAAAACAAAAGUGAAAAAAGCUCAAUACUAUCUAAUAAUGGACCGAGCAAAAGCUCACUAUAUCCUUGGAGAGCCAAUAGGGAAACUGCAAGGAAGCCUAGUACUUCAACAACUACUUCCACAACUAGUGCAGCAACUAAUACCAAGCCAGUGACAACAACAGCAAAAAUUAGUGAUAGCAAAGCAAAAGAAACUAGUGGUCCAACUCCAAGAGGUGUCUUUUCAUAUAUGAAUAGUGGAGGAAAAGGUAAUGCAUCAGAAUCAUCAAACAAAAAUUCAGUCACCUCUGCAGCAGCACCAGCUAGUAAAACCAGUGCAAGCAUCUUUGGAGGGAAGAAAACUCCAAAAUCAGAAACAGUAAGUGCUGUCACCACCACAGACAAUAAAAGUACGUCUGCAGGUAGCACUGUACCUGCAUCAAAAUCUUUAGCCGCUUCUCUUGCAGCAGUGAGACUGGAGGUGAAUCAUCAGCAGCAAAAACCAAUAAGUUGGGGGAGAAUACUUGGAACACAAAUAAACAAACUGGUCUUCUGAAAACAGGUCCCAAGACAGAAGGAACACCAUUAUUGACAACUAGUGUGCCUAAGCCCUUCACAAAGGCAGCAGUUUCUAUAACUACCUCCUCUGUUACAUUGCCAAGCUCAACUGCCACCACCACAAAAGCUGGGACAGAAGCAACAGUCCCCACUAGUACUAGCAUAGCAGCUGUUCCACGUCCCACGCGGCCAGUAUUCCCACCGGAUAAGAUUAUGUUCCCACCAGAUAAGGUUGUAGCUUCAUCUACUUCUACAGAUGACAAAGGAUCAUCAUCAGCCACAAAAGAUGGAAAUGAGAAAGAAUCUAUUCUCUCCCCAACCAGUGCUUCACGAGGCCGUGGUGCUGUUUCUCAGUCAAAAGCAACAACCCCAACAGGAAAGCCAGGAAGAGUCUUAUAGUAGUGGUCGUGGAGAUAAAAGCCGUAGUACAACACCACAACCUGGAGCCAAGAAAGUAACGACCGGAUCAUCUGAUAAGGUUGACCCAAAGCCACUAAGUAAAGUGGCAGAGAAAUCAGAAAAGAUAGGCAGCAAACCUUCAGACAAGAUAGGAAAUAAGGUCAGCAGCAAGCCCUCAGACAAAGCAGCAGAGAAGACGGGACCAAAGAAACAGACUGCAAAACCAGUCCAAACAGUUGGUAAAGUGCCAGGUGGUCCGGCCAGCAAACCCACCACUGGAUCUGGAACCUCUGGGCCAAACCGUGCUGGUCGGAUAAGCAACACACAUGUUGCCUCCUUGCAACAAAAAUUUGAGAAGAAGGAAGCCGAAUCUCAAGACCUCAAGCCUUCAACAAAAGCACCGUCCAGAAAAAGCCAAGAGGUGAAACCUGUUUUGGCUCCAAAGCCAAAGUGAUAUGUUGACAGUGUGUAACUGGUUUUCAGAACUUAUAUUUAUGAAGAAAUCACUGUUUUGGUUAUGUAUAUUCCAGAUUAUAGAAGAAUAAAAAUAAAUUGCAUUAUAGAUUUCAUUACAAAUUCACUUGCUGUAAUUUGGUGAGUUUUAAAUGAUUUAUGAUUGCAAUUUUCUAGGUCCAGUUUGCUGGGCUUUAUAUACUUUAAUAGAAAUACU